CACGGCUUUCAUUUCCUCAUACGUGAUGCAUAUUCAGUGAGUGUGAAGGUUUGACUGCUUUUUCCCAGUCUAAUAGCAAACGUGGGUCUGUUCACAAAAAGAGGAAACCCUUCCUUCACUGCAGCUUCAAACUGGUGAGACAGAGGCUCCACUGUUUGUUGGACCAUGGGAGAUUAUUAUGGGCUGGCGAUCCUUCUGGGACUGGCCAUGUGUCUGAUCAGCGGUGAAGGUGGAUCCUGUGGAGGACAGAACGGUGAGCCAGGAGUGAAGGGGGACCCGGGAAGGAACGGUUUACGCGGAGCCAAGGGAGAGAAAGGAGAGCCAGCCGUGAUGACCGAAGGUCCGGUGGACGUGGGCGUUCUACUGAUGCUGAAGGGUGAAGCAGGGGCUCGAGGGCCACAGGGAGACAUGGGCCCCAAAGGUUACAGUGGAAAUGUGGGAGCCCGGGGACAGCCCGGAGAGCCCGGCCUCCCCGGCCCCGAUGGGAGGAGUCUUGGAGGAGGACAAGCGAAUGAUCAGAGCUACUCAGCCUUCUCAGUCAUCAGGACUGAAACUAGUUUUCCUCAGUAUAACAAGCCAGUGACCUUCCAGAAGGUUGUGGUCAACAAACCGGCAGACUUCAACAUCGCCACAGGUUACUUCACCUGCAGAGUCCCUGGUGUUUAUUACUUCACCUUCAACUUUGUAUCCAAGGUCAGCAUGUGUCUGCGGAUCGCCAGUGAAGCUCUGCCGGCAGAGAAACGGCCUGGAUUCUGUGAUUACAACAGAAGCACUGAGCAGGUCCUGUCGGGGGCCGUGGUCCUGGAGCUGACGGUCGGGCAGAGGGUCUGGCUCGAGUCCUUCAGUGACGAACAGGGAAACGAUAUGAAUGACACUGGUAAAAAAAGCAUCAUCUUCAACGGCUUCUUGCUCUUCUCAAAUGCAGAAUGAAGCUUGAUGAACGCACAUGAAUUCACCACGGCAUCAAACGUCAGCGCUGGAAACCUGAGACUGAAUGAAUUAAAGCAUUUAGAAAUGUAUGAAUUCUAAACACCCAUGACUUCAUUUCAUAUCUGCCAGUAGCUCUUUGUAUGUGACAACAUUAACAAAUUAAAAGACUUUGCUUGAAA